CGCUUCAAGGCGCAUAACCAAGCACACCGACAUGGUCCUGCGUCGCCAGUAAAGCUAGGCAGAUCGGCGACGUAACCGCGACCAUGACAACUCGAAAUCACGACCCGUACGACACUUAGACAACAAAACCCGAUCGACCGACUCUAUCUCCCUUCAUUCGACUACAAUCGUCUCGACACCGAAACAUACAUCACCAUGCUCGGACCAUCAAAGAUCCCGGUCUCUCCAUCCCGGAACCGGGUGCCCGUCUAUCCCUCCCACUUGCCCACAACGCCUCCUCCUACGUCCGGCUCUUCCCCCUCGCUCGGCGUUCGAAGAGUCAGCUCGCCUGCGACCCACGAACUCAGGUCAGGUGGGAGCACACCUAGAGCUAGAAUUCGGAGACCUAGCGAGAUGGUAGAUGGUCAAGCUCAAAAGAGUCACCAACAGAACGUUUUCGGUACACCACCAGGGACUGGGGCGACGAUGGCUUUACCGAUCACGCCGAGUACGAGCGGGGAGACGGACGUCUUUACCAGUCCCAAAGGUUCAGGAUCAGGAUCUGGAUCUGGAGCCGGAGCGGGGCUGGCAAGAAGACCUGCCGAUAGAAGAAGACCGUCUGGGACGUUACCGGGGGAUAUUGCCGAUCAGCUUUCUCCUGGGCGAAGCUUGCUUCCUCGUCGGAUCAGCUCUGACCACGAUCGUGCUGCAAUAACAACAACAAGCCAUCCUCUUCCACCUCGUCGUCCCUCGCAACCUCAGAUAGACACAUCGUUUCCUCGCCGAAACGUCACCCCUGGCCGGGCUCGAAAACCGCCUGUCAGAUCCCCUCAUCCUCAUUCACAGUCCGACCUAGAAGCAGAUACAGAAGCAGGUGACAACUCAAGCAUCCAGAGCGGACAUCCUUCGGCAAGUUCGUCUAAAGCUGGAACACCGUUGAUGGAUAUUGAUGGGGACGGGUUCCCCUUGCCGAACGGCUACAACCCGAACCAAACAUACAGUCAGAAUCAUGGUUAUGGCCAGGGGAGCAGCAGGUUACCGGUCCCGAAAUCGUCUUCCUCAUCGUCCCGCCCGGGGAGCAUUCGAAGAGGAUCCUCGACAUCCGCUCAUCAAAGCCUUAAUGAGCAUAGUCGACCGGGGAGUUCGCGCUCGGAUCUGAGCCAAUCCAGUUCCCGACCUUCCGACAAGGAAAAGGAUAGAGAUAGGCCUACAAAGUCUAGACCUGCAACUCCAUCGGCUGUUGGAUCUCCUUCGCGGUCGAUUCGAGCUGGGUCUGAGCGCGGGGUUCCACCGUUACCGGGUCAGAAACUGGACUACAAGUCACCCUCUUCUUCGGCUUCGCCAUACGGUUCGCCGAGGGGGUCGACGGACAACCUGCCUGGUCUGCACGGAUAUGGCAAUGGACUGGGGCAAGGAAGUACGCCGGGCGGAUCGCGAAUACCUCUACUGGGCCCGGUCUUGGGGACGAGAAGGGCUUCUGAGGGUCGAAAGAUGAGUUCAGGCGGGACGGAUGGGGAAGAGGUGGGUAGGGAGCGAUUGGGAGGUUUUGGUACAGGUUCGGGUUCGAGACGACCUUCAGAAUCGAUCCUCAGCACCUCGCCUCCUCUCUCACCUACCCGCCGUCGGCUCGGAUCAAACUCGGCCCUCUCAACGUCCCCACCACAGUCAUACUACAAAGGAGCCAUCGUCACUGACCCUUCAAGCGUGGUCAUCCCCAAUCGAAGAUCGUCCAUCCCCUCAAACUCUGAUCCAAGUUCGAUCGCCGCCGUCUCGUACAACGCGUCUACCGGAGUGAUUGACCUCAAUUCGCCUAAUCCGGGUAACGACACUUCGGCUGGCUUUCAUCCGGUUGCACCGUCCGUCAGUCCACGGAUGAGCAGCCUUCCGCCUUCGCAGAUUCCAGGGACGACGAGUAGCGCUGCCUCAUCAGCGAUGUCCAGCCCGGUUGAGAGGACCGCUCCAGGGCUAGCUGGACUAGGGAUCUCGACGGACCACCUCCCGCGUCGUAAUUCAGGUUCUAUCUCGCCUGUACCGAUUCCUAUUAAGUCUCCUGCACGGGCCAAGACCCCUACCAACUCGAACCAGUCUAGCCACCUGAAGCGGGACAAGGAUGGGUUCCUCGCGCCUGCUCCGCCUGGGACGUACCGCGCGCCAGAAACACGAGGGGGAGUCGACUUGGUAGAGACUCCUGGGGGUAGGAGAUCGAAAGGCCCGGAGCACGAGGGGGAGACGGUAGGACAGCGCAGGAACCAGCCGGAAUUACGGAUAGACCCUCCGGUCCCGCCUGUUCUGAGAGGUCCUUCCCGGAACAACUCGUCGGGGACGUUGUUACAGCCUCCGCCUGGACCUUCGCGGACGUCCAGUCAAGCAUCGGUUGGGAGCUCGAUCACCCGGUACGCCACGCCGCCUAGCACCAUCUCCGGGGUCCCGCUUCACCCUGUCGAGGCGUCGGCAGUCUCUCCAGGAAACAACUUGGCUGCCGGGUCGAUGUAUACUCGGGUGAACACUGGAGACUUCAAGGAUGGGCCGACACCGCCUAUCCCGGCUAGAAAUCCGUUGAGACGUAGAGCGAGCACGAAGGAUGGAUCGACGAUCAGUCGAAGUCUAACUGGGACGCCGACCGAAUCGGAUUCUCCGAAUAUCGAGAUCGAUGACAAGAAGAACCAGACCUUGCGGCAAGUGCAGAGUCAGGACGUUGGGAGCGGCGAUUUGCGUGAUAGCGUGGUCUCGGUUUACUCGCAGCCGAGCGCACAACCGUUCUCAGCCAACAGUACCAUGUCUUCUGGUUCCGAGACCACGAUCGGUCCAGGACUCGGUGCCACCCCUCAGAACAAGCGAGACUUGCGUAUCGACGUGACGUCCCGUGUCGCCGUGACCAAGACUGGUGGAGAACCGCCCACCACUGCCGAGAUGGUUCGCGUCAUGGGCUUUGCAGCCGAACUCGAGGCCAAAGAGAGCGAGGCAGAUGCUACCGGUGCCACGACUGUAUCGAACCCCAGCCGAGCUGGGCUCCAAGUACCAGACAUCCGCAAGACAUUACCUGACACGCCAGAGGAAGAUACGCCGCGCUCGGGCAUCUCGGAGCAAGCGGGUCGGUUACGAGACGAACGAUAUCGAUAUCCUCAGCGCGGCGACCCUGCCGUCCGACAUGCUGUCUCUCAGUCACAACUACCGUCACCCUCAAAGAGCCCUUCUAUGCCGGACUUUGCCUUUGCCGCGGGCGCAAAUAGCCAUGGAUCCCUCUCGUCCACGAAUCUGCACGCAAGCUACUCGACGGCACCUCGUGAGAGGCCGGCUCUUCUUUCGCGUCCUUCAAGGCCCCCGAUGGUUCACACCCGAUCACAAUCGAGCCCGGUCUCACCCUUAAUCAACGUAUCCGAGGCAUCGCCGUUGUAUUCGCCGAGCAGCAUGACGCCGACAACUCGGAUGACGAAGCGCGCUCAUCUCAUUCACGAGAUCUGUUCAACGGAGCGAUCUUAUGCCAAUGACCUCGCGCUCAUCCGAGACGUCUAUCUGCUCAAAGUGGGGCCGUCGUCCGCACAAUCAGCCACGUCGACGUUCCUCAGCAAGAGCAGCGGAUGGACAUCGCCGGGUGAGCACAGCGGCGGCAGUCGACUCUCCGCUUAUACCAUAGACAGCACAAUGACGAGUCGUACGACGCCCGAAUCGAGCAUGCACGCUGGGAGCAAGCAGGAUCUAGGUCAAGUUUACGAUUCCAGCGGUCCCAGCGAGAGUACGGUACGGCCGGAAAUGGGACGUAGCGCGUCGAUCACGUCGAACGGCGCCUGGCCUGGCGGAUCGGCCAAACGGAGGUCAGGCAUGUACUCGCCUUCUAUCGAAUCAUCACAAGCUGUCCCUGCUCCGCGUCGAAGACAUACGGUAUCCGAGGUGAUCUCGCCUUCUGACACGCGGACGCUGUUCAUCAAUCUCGAACAGAUGGCCGCGUUCGCAGACGAGCUCGCUACGGCGUUCGAGAAGGCGCUUGGGGAUGCGACCGGCGCUGAGCCUAUCUUGAAGGAAGGUCAAGAAGAUCUGAUCUCGGACAGGCUCGGCGAGGUCUUCGUCAGCGUAAUCCCGAGGAUGACCAACAUGUACACGGUGUAUUGUGCGAGACAGGCGCAAGCCAAUACCCGCCUUCUCGAGCUCAUGCAGGACGCCAAGACAGCAAGCUAUCUUCAAACCUCUUGGGCCUCGAUCCAGCCCUUCACCAAUGCGUGGGAUCUGGGCUCGAUGCUGAUCAAGCCGGUACAGCGAGUCAUGAAGUAUCCGCUUCUCUUUGGCGACCUGCUGCACUGUACCUCGCCGGUACAUCCAGACUACUUCAACCUCCGCAAGGCGUUCGAGGGGGCGACUUCGAUUGCAGGCGAGAUCAACGAGGUCAAGCGACGUAAAGAUGUGGUUGAGAGGAUCAUCAGCAAGGACAGCAAGAAACGACCCUCGACGACUGGUUCGACCACUGGUAGCAAGGACGUCAAGGUCUUUGGCAUGUCAGCCAAGUUUAGGGAAAAGUUUGGCAAGAGCAAGGACAAGGACAAGGUCGGCUCGUCGAUGAUGAGCGGGAGCACGGCGAACUUGACGGCGAUCGUUCCCGGAUCCGAACGACAGCUGUACGAGCUGGUCGGUAGACUAGACGCCGCCGACCAGGUUGUACGCAAGGUCGGCAAGGAGAUCAACAUGUGGCCCGAUAAGGUUAGGGACACGUGGCAGGCGCAAAAGAACAUGAUGAUCAGCUGGACAUCGGUGAUUCGACUGGACGGGAGCGACUUUGGCGACGAGCGGAUCGACAUGUAUGCCAACAUGGUCGACGACCUGAUGGACAGGCCGUGGAUGCAGUUGGACAACGACGUACGCAACACGGUCAUGCCCAUGUUCUCCACUCUGCUUCGCCUCGGUGUCAACCCCAAACGUCUUGUUCAGAAACGCGAAUCCCGCCUGACAGACUAUACCAAGUUCCAAAGCGCCCGUUCCAAAUCCGACGUCAAGGCGCUCGACAAGUCGGUCACUCAGGGCGCAGAGGAUUUCGUCGCCCUACACACUCAGCUUUUGGAAGAGCUCCCCGCGUAUAUCGAGGGGUACAGCAAGAUCCUCGAGCUGGCUCUGGCGCAGUUUGCCAACGCCCAAGCGAGAUUUUACGAUUCGGUGCGGAAUAAGCUGAGGGAGUAUCUCUUGCUAUGGACCGCGGCGGAGGAGGCCGAGUAUCACCGUGCGGGUGUGCGAGAUCUGGAGAUCGAGGUCUUGGAUGGACAGAGGAUCGUGAAAGGGUGGCACGAGGGUUGGAAACCGUUCAUGCAGCAGAUAGAGGCAUUGAGGAUUAGUUAUCCCGGCAUGAACCGUACCGGAACGACAUCCCGCGUUUCAUCGCAGACGAGCUCGACCUCCCAACUCCUCCGCAACCCGAGCUAUCAGGGUCAGGGUCAGACCCAAAGCCAGAACCAACAACCCCAAGGUCUAGGUAUAUCUCGCCCGACCGACGUCCCGGGAAACCGAGCCCGCUCGACCUCGUUCCUGACGCGCCGAAAGUUGGAAUCGAGACCCAGCUCGAUCAUCUCUGAAGCACCGUCGAUGACGAGGCAUCCGAGCGAUAUCACAGAUCGAGCGGAGGUUUCCAUGUUGACUACCAGUACGGGAGGGAGGACGGUCGGACCUACGUCGACCGGGUUGAUGUCAACUUCGGUACCGUCAACUUCUCACUUCGUGCCCCCUCACCACCACAACAAUCAUAACCUCCCCCCAACCCCGCUUCUCACCUCGAACCAAAACCCCGGCUUAUCCCCCCUCCUCCCCUCUUCCACGUCGAUGGACUUCCUAACCCAAAGCCCCUCAUUGGGCAACGACGGCAACCCGCUAGAAUGGACGGACCAACCGGCAUUGUAUCAGUGUGCGUGUGUGGCGGACUUCAAGCUGGGCGUCAGGAAGGGAAGGGUUUGGUAUGCGGGUUUACCCUUUUUGGAUAUGGACGAGGGGGACGUCAUUGAUAUCCUCAACGAAGUCGGUCGGGUGGAUCAACUGGCCGACCUGCCCAUCGACGUCGGGGUCCCGGACGACGGGCUGUUGGUAGGGAAAUCUAUGGAGGGUAAUGUGGGACUUAUAUUAUGCUCGUUCUUGGAACCAUUACGUUGAGGCUGGGUAAUGGAUGCAAACGGAGGCGGACAAGCAAGAUCUCAGAAACAGGGGCAAAAUGGGGAGAUCUAUACAGUAGACCCAAGAUCCGCUUCGCGCGGCAGAUUUAACGAAGGACAGUCGAGUGGUUGUAGAUACGUUUUGUACGACGGUUAGGGUGAAUGGAUUGUAUAUCUCUCUCGAUCUCUCGAGGUAUGGUAGAACUGCAUAUAGCUAUAGAUAUACCCCCCUUA